AUGUUUGAAAAUCCAGAUGAAGAAUCUCAACUAGCAAACAACCAUGUCCCCGCAACGUCGGGUGCGACACUCCUCCCGCGCCCAGUCGCGUCCUUGGUAUCUCUGCUAACUCAAUCAACCUCUCUAACAUUACGCAUCGGAUCAUUUUUCGGUGGAGUAGCACUGGAUGGUGCACGAGCGACAACUUUGACAAGCUUAGAACUUGGUCGCGCCGUGGUUGAAGGCAUUCUUACGCGUGCUGGGCGCGAUGUCGCGAUUCGUAGUGGGGAUGAACAUGGUCGGAUUGAGGCUGAAUCAUUAUUAGAACGAAGUCUGGCAAUAUUACAUACAACCGUGACCUCGGCAUCUUUCUUCGCCGCGGCCACUUUUCAUUUCUCGUCGACAACGCUGUCAUCCGUGGCGAAUUUCUCACAGGCGCUUUUGUCGACUCUAGAUGCGAUUUUAGGGUCCACUGAGUCAUCUAGGGCUAUUGCGGCGAUUAUUACGCUUAUUCGGCGCGAGUUCAGGUCUGUUGACCCUGGAACCAGUACCGAAAAUAUCGGGGUGGGUGAUCUAUUGAUUGGCUCAGUAGGCUUUGCACUCCUGCAACGCUGGGGUAAAAGGAAUACAGAAAGACGCUUGCGAGAGAAUGGCGGGGACGAAGUUAUUUGGGAUACCGUUAUCCUUGACAAUGGGGCCCGGGCUGACGUUGUUGGGACACAUCAACUACAAUUCCCGAGUGGAGAACGUGAUAGACCUGAUGAAGAGGGCGCUUCGUUCAUGAUGCCGGGUACCGAUGACCAAGGAUUUAAUGCCGUCCAGCGACCAGAUUCAUUUUCGGGGUCUCGUCUGUCCUUCCCACUCGACAGUCAACAACAGAUCUCAGACGAAGACAUCAGGUCGUACAUUUUGAGCCAAUUACCACCAGGCUGUCAUGCUUCGAUCAAGUCCGAAAUGCUAACCGCGCAAACAAUCACGGUGGAUAUUUUUGAUGAUGAGAUGGCUGAAAUCGCUGCUCCUCCUGGGACUACCAUGGUCGAGGAAAGAUUCCACCAUCAUGACCAUGCGAGUCCCAGUGUGCCAGAAUUUUCCAAACUCCCAAAGCACACUGUGGUGUUCCGGACAGCCUUCAACAAAUCCCAAAACACACAACUGCGACCCCAAGGUCCUUUAUCUCUGGGCUCUGAAUCUGAUCAUGUGUCUUCACCAAACCCAGUGGCUGGGAUUCCGAGGAAGCUCAAACGCGCCCAGUCUGAAGGUUCAUCCAGCGAUGCGACAAUUCGAGAUGAUAUCCCAGUUUCUGGUUCAUCGAUUGGCCAGACAGAAAAGGCAAUAGGUAAAGGUUCUAGAUUGUCCCAGCGUACCAGGCUCGCAGGCCAGGAAAAGACCGACAGUGUGAAGCGUCCGCUUCCGAAAAGGCCUACUAUCAAAGCACCCUCAUUGGGCACAACCAGUCGACAGCCUACCAAGCCUGUUAGGGGAGCGGCAUCUGUCAAAGAAGCGACUGCACGGGAGAGGGCAAAUUUAUCCCCAGGUCGACAACCAAGCCAAACAGACUAUCGUCCAUCUACGCCUGGUCCGAAUAGCGGGUUGCGACGAUCGCCUUUCUCCAAUUCUCCUCAGGUCUCUCCACGGUCGCAAGCUAAGCAUGCUCCUGCUCAGAGUAUUCACGAUAGGACCAAUUUCAAGGCAGGGCACUAUGUUGCACAUGAAAGGAGUCAAGAGUCGCUUCUUACACAUACUGAUGCCUUCUCACGGCGUGCAGACCUGCGUCCUGGAUCUCCUGCCACAUCUCGAACUCAUGUUCGUAGCACUAGUUCCCUGUCAGUAUCAAGAUCCGAAACAGACGGGCCUGUGUGCAAUGAUCGGCCGAGCUCAGCACUGCACAGGAGAUCGCAGUCAUACACCCCUAGUAUGUAUUCUGUCGCAACGGCCGGUUCCGAGACAUCGCUUUUGUUGGCCCACCGCUCGCGCAAAAGCGCAUAUGAGGAUAUGGAGACCAUCCAAGCGCUCAAUCGGGAUGGCAUGGUGCCUGGUAUCUUCCCAAGGAGGCACUUUGUUCAAAACAUCCGCCGAUUCUGUCGCUUCUCCUCCGCUUCGUAUGGUUCCAGCGCGCUAAAGGUUAUGGGCGUGCGCAAAGACGCGAAACGCAUUCCGCAUACAGUAUCAGAUAGUCACGAACACAGUGCCUUCGAGCAUAAUGCUGGUCUCCCACCGUCAACAAUUCUGUUGUCCUCCUUCGUGGAUCCCGCUGGGGGCUCGAAUGCAGCCGGUGAGACCGAAAGCGGGUUUCCACUCGUCCACUACCUAUCCAUCGACCACGAAUCCAAAGCAGUAGUCCUCACUCUCCGCGGCACCUGGGGCUUCGAAGACAUCCUCACAGAUAUGACCUGCGACUACGACGAUCUGGAAUGGCAAGGCAAGAACUGGAAGGUACACAAAGGCAUGCACGCUUCCGCAAAACGACUACUUGAAGGCGGCGGUGGACGAGUGAUGAUCACCCUCCGCGCAGCACUAGAAGAGUUCCAAGAUUACGGCGUCGUUCUCUGCGGUCACUCUCUCGGCGGUGGAGUAGCAGCUCUCCUCGCCACCAUGAUCGCUGAACCCAGCAGUUCCCCUCUCAGCGGCACUUCUUUCGUGACAGCACCCUAUCACCCAACCAUCCAAGCCCGUCUCCUCACCGACACCAACGCGCACGACCAAGCACCAUCUACGCCCCCACACUACGAUCUCCCUUCAGGCCGCCCAAUCCACGUCUACGCAUACGGCCCUCCAGCCGUAAUGUCCCCCUUCCUCCGCCUCGCAACUAGAGGCCUAAUAACAACAAUAGUAAACGGUCAAGACAUCGUCCCAAGCCUUUCCCUCGGCAUCCUCCACGACAUGCACACAGCCUCAUCCCUCUUCAAAACAGACGUCUCCGGCGCGAAAUCCAACAUCCGCCAACGCCUCCACCAAAGUCUCCGCCAAAGUAUCGUCCACAAAUUUUACGUCAACCAGCCCCCUCUCGUCGUGAACGCAGGCGACGGCGUCGGCGAAGACGCCUGGGCCUGGAAGACCCUCGCUCUCCUACGUGAUGAGAUGCGCGCACCGAAACUUAUGCCACCCGGCGAGGUCUUCGUUGUUGAGACGAUGCGUGUCCUGCAGCGUGAGGCGUUCACCCCGCAACCGGAGUUUGGGUCGGAUGGGUAUCCCAGGCUUGGAAGACCGGCGACUAGAGUGCAGAUGAGGUUUAUUCGAGAUGUGGAUGCGUGGUUUGGGGAGUUGAAGUUUGCGUCGGGGAUGUUGACUGAUCAUAACCCGGCGCGAUAUGAGACUAGUCUUGCUGCGUUGGCGAGGGGUGUUUUGGAUGAGUGA